GAAGUUGAGGCCGAAGGGAGUUCGCGCAAAAUUAAACGAUUUUCGUUGUCCUCUCGUCACAUUUCUGGUUGUGCAAUGGAUUGGAAGGGAGAUAACGGCGUUCACAACCAUGACAGUUGCCAAGGCCACGGGGGUCACUCGCAUGGGCCUGCGGUGCAUGGAUUCGGGGGUCACGGCGGUGGUUUGGCGCACGGGUUCAUGCCUGCUUUCCAUGGCCAAUUUGGCCCACGAGCUGACCAGAUGAUAGACCCCACUCAGCAGCCCAAGAAACGGUCGCAUAUGGAUGAUAGCAGCAGCUGGGACAUUGUCAAAGCAACACAGUUUGGUAUCCUGGACCGAUGUAAGGAACUGGUGGAGGCUGGUUACGAUGUGAGGCAGCCUGACAAGGAGAAUGUCUCCCUCUUACACUGGGCAGCCAUUAACAACCGCGCAGAGGUGGUCAAGUAUUAUAUAUCCAAAGGGGCCGUCAUAGACCAGCUAGGUGGUGACCUGAACUCCACACCCCUGCAUUGGGCCAUAAGGCAGGGCCACCUCUCCAUGGUGAUCCAGCUGCUGCGGUACGGAGCCGACCCAUCUAUGGCCGACGGGGAGGGCUACCGCAGCCUGCAUCUGGCAAUCCUCUUCCAACACAUGCCCAUAGCAGCCUACCUCAUGGCCAAGGGACAGGAAGUUGACCUUCCUGACUCAAAUGGGAAGACACCCCUGAUGUUGGCAGCACAGAAGAUCAUUGGGCCCGAGCCCACUAACUUCCUGAUGAAAUGCAAUGCGUCGGUGAGUGCGGUGGACAAAGUGAACAGGAACUCUCCGCUGCACUGUGCCGUGCUGGCAGGAAACGUAGACGCCACCCACAUCCUGCUGGAGGCCGGGGCUAGCGUGGAUGCCGAGAACGCCAACGGUCACACUCCCAUAGACCUGGCCCACCAGGUGCACAGCCCCCUGCUCAUCCACAUGCUCAACCACAUCAAGCAGGAGAGGAUACGCUCCAGCUCCCGCUGCCUGCGCCUAGUUAACCGAUACAGGGUGUGUCUUCAGUUUAUGUUCUGCGUUGCUGUGCUGGGCAGUUUGGGAGCGAUAGCUGACUUGAGCUCAGAAUCCUGGCUGCUAAAAGGGGUUCUGCUGGCCUGUGUGAUGGCUGUGGUGAACCUGGCCCAACGGCAGUUGGCGAGCCAGGCCCUGCAGUCGCUGGUUCCUGCUACAGCUCUCAUGGCGUCAGUCUUCUGGAUGCUGGUCACCUGGUGCCUGUGGUUCCUGCCUGAUGGUCCCAGUGCCACGGUACAGGUGUUGUUCACUUUCAACGCCACAGCUCUGCUCUAUUACUACCUCCGCUCCUGUAGGACUGACCCCGGCAUCGUCAAGGCAACUGAGGAAGAGAAAAAGAUGAAUGUGGUGUUGCUGGCAGAGGCGGGCUGCUUGGACCCCAGGAUCUUCUGCACUUCCUGUAUGAUGAAGAAGCCAAUGAGGGCCAAUCACUGCUUCUCCUGUGACGCCUGCGUGGCAAAACAGGAUCAUCACUCCAUCUGGAUCAAUGGCUGCAUAGGUGCCAGGAAUCACCACUUCUUUGUUCUCUUCCUGCUCUCUCUCUGCCUGAUGGGAGCGUGGAUGUUCUACGGAUGUCUCAUGUACUGGUCAAAGCACUGUCCGCUGCACUACCAGGAGGAGGGCGUGUGGGGUGUUAUCUCUGCCCUGGUGGGCUGUUCUUCCUGGGUACUGGGGAUCUUCUGUCUAGCUUUCUUCCAUACUUCCUGGGCUUCCAUACUACUGGUCAUACAGCUCUACCAGAUUGCGUUCUACGGCCUGACCACCGCGGAGAGGGCAAACCUGAUGCUUCGUCAGAGGAAACUCCCACAAUCCAUCUCCCUCAGACAGAACCCUUACAAUUUGGGUGUGGUGCGUAACCUGGUGUCAUUCUUCCAGCUGCGUUGCUGUGGCCUGUUCAAGCCCGCCACGGUCGACUGGACCCAGCAGUACCCACCCAGCCGAGACCACAUGAUGUUCGGCCACCCCGACAUCGUCUGACCCCACAGGGUCAGAGGGCAGCUAGGGCUGGGUCCACGGUCGUUCUGGACCAAACGGAUUAAGCUUAUUUAUUUUUUAAUCUUUUGUAUAUUUUGGACAGCCUGUGAAGAAACACCACUAUAAAGGGAAAUAGCAUGGAGGAAGUUGUACUGACUUUUAAAUUUUUUUUUAAUGCGUUUGCUUUUGUACAGACUGCUGCUGCCUUACGCUGGUAUAUAUUAAUGAGGGGAAAAAAGGAACAUUUUAAAUAUAAUUUGUGAAGUCAAAUGAACCUUAAUAUGGCUUAAAUUGUAUAUUAAGUUAGUCAGUGUUUUUAUGAAUAUAAAUAUAGUUAUAUUUUGAUCAAUGUGUUUUUUAUGAUGAAUGAUCUUUUAAAUGUCUGUUUUACAGUGUUCGCAAGAGGCUGUGGGUGUUUUUUAGAUUGAAGGACCAACACCGUAGACAGUUUAAGCAAAGCAUUGCUUUGUCAGUCACUGAACUCUUUUUAUUGGAGCAUGCAGUGCAUACAGUUUAUCUAGAGCAGUUUUUCUAAUACUGGUACUGUACCUCCUAAGUAUGCUCAUUUUCUAUCCAGCCUCUCUUGACAGUGGGGACACACCAUUGCUGUUUCCGAUUCCCUCUCCCAGAGGUGUGCGCUCGUUCACUCCCCCUUGUGGAUUUAGAAGGAAUGAAAGGGUGGAAGAAAUAUGGUGGACAGUGUACUGUUGGCAGUCGUUACACAAAUUGAGUGCUUUAACAUCCGUUAAGGGUGAACUAGUGCCCACUAUUGGGAGAAGGCAAGGAAUCGGAACUCAACCCAUAUCUCAACAAUACAAUAUCCGACCACCAUCUUACGAACUAUGCUCUUCUCUUUCAGCCUUAAAGCAACCGUCUGAGAUUUCCAGUCAUUUCGAUUAAUGACCAACUGUCUUAUGUUACCGUAACCAAAACGAAAGAUCUAUUACUCCAUUAGUUAUGUUUAUGUUAUCAUAUUAGGACUUUGUAUGCUAAUGUAUAGCUUCAAGUCAUGCUAAGAAAAAAUGGUCUCGUGGAAUAUCAUUCCUACAGAUAGAAAUCAAGCGAUAUUUCCGGGUGGAAAUGUCAUGGGAUGCAUUUGAUUCACUGUUUUGUGUUGAAGUCACACUGGUGGUAUGCACGUCUUACAGGGUGUGGCUUUGAUGAGACUGGACAGUUUUAUUAUGUUUGACCUGAAAUGUCACGCGAUGACAUUGGCGUCCAAGCUGAUGUUGCUUUUUUUUUUUUCAACAAAAAAAAUUCUGCAUAACCACAUGAAGUGAUGUGCCAUUGUAACUCGCUUGCACUGGAUAUUAGAAUAAAGCAUUGCAAGUUGGUUUUUACUAUGGCGUCAGAAAGCCUUUUGAGUUCGAUACUGUAUGUGAGCUUUGAUUUAUGUCCCCGUGACUGCUUAUGGAGAGAUUUGGUUAUCUUCAUGUUCCAAUCGAUCUUCCAUAGCCAUGUGAAGACAUGGUUAGUAAAACUGUAAUCAUCCUCUUAUUUACCUUUUUAUAAUUUCAUAUGUUGGCAUUCAUUUUCAUAUUUGGGUAAGCCUGUACUAAGUCAGGCUCCCAAUUUACUUAUGUUAUCCACACCACAGGAGACAGUUUUAAUGAAACAAAUGAUGCAUACCAAGACCUCUCUUAAUUGAAGCCAAAGAAAGACCAGUCAAGACAUCAUUCCUUUACUUCACACCAUCUCAUUGCAGGUAAACAUAUUUUUUUCAAUCCAUGUACACACACCCUCAUCAGCCUCCUGCAGCUUAUGUACUUUUAAUUAGAAAAAGCUUGCGCAUGGGCGCCCAGACAUAAAUUUGGAUAGAUUAACGCAAAUGUGUUUGGUAAUUAGUGUUGCCUUGUUUAUUUAAAUUACACAGGCAUAUUUAUGAGCGCAGAUGAAAUCUAUUAAUAAUGAAUUAAAAACACAGCUGGAGGCAUGUUAGUGUAGCCGUCUUUACCAGGCAGCACAUUAACACAACAGAAAUAUGACUUAAUUAUGUGUUUCCUUCCCUCUCUUAUUUUCAUGUUAAUUUGUUUUUAAUGUGGAGAGAGAUUAUUAGCUAAACGGCUUGUUGGCUUUUGUUUGGCGCUUAAUGUUUUUGCCUCAAAGCUUCCUAUUUCUUUUGAGGUGCGCUUAUAUUCUAUUGUGUUGCACUUUCAAUAUAUUUUGAAGAGCAUCUGGUUAUAAUUGAUUGAUGCCAUUUGAGGUCUACCCAUCCUAUACACAGUCCAUAGGUGACCGUCUGUAUUGUAACCAGGUGUGUGUGCUGGUCCAUGUUUGACGUACAGCUCGCUUUGAUAUGAUGACUCUUAGAUCAACAAUGUCCUUUUUAUGCAAAUGCAGCAGUGCUGUUCCAUUGCCUCGAACACAAGAAAGGAAUGUGCAGUUUAUACAAGCUGGACAUUGCUUCUCUCGCCAUCGUUUGGUGUGUUGGUAAAUGCUGUGACGUAAAAUCCAGCUGAGACUCGACAAUGGUAAGGCAAGGUUUUAAGAAAUGUAGUAUACAAGCUAAUGGUGAAAAUAAACACAUUUUUACUAA